AUGCAGCAGGCAGACGAGAGUCUGGGCGUGGUGCGACACACGCGCAUAGAGAGGGGCCUGCCCACGACGCGCAUGAUGCCGGAUGUGAAGCGGAAGAGAGUGUUGGUGACUGGCGGAGCCGGAUUCGUGGGCUCGCAUCUGGUGGAUCGGCUCAUGCUCAUGGGGCACGACGUCAUCGUGCUCGACUCCUUCCUGACGGGCAACAAGUCCAGUCUUUCCCAAUGGGUCGGACAUCCCUCCUUCGAGCUGCUGCGGCACGACGUCGUCGAGCCGCUGCUCAUCGAGGUGGAUCAGAUCUUCCACCUCGCGUGCCCCGCCAGUCCGCGGCAUUACCAGGCCAACCAGAUCAAGACGAUCAAGACGUGCUUCCAGGGCACACUCAACAUGCUCGGCCUGGCCAAGCGCACAAAGGCGCGCUUCCUCCUCGCCUCGACGAGCGAGGUGUACGGCGACCCGGCCGUCACGCCUCAGCCGGAGACGUACGCGGGCAACGUGUCGUGCACGGGCCCGCGCGCCUGCUACGACGAGGGCAAGCGCGUCGCAGAGACGCUCACGUACGGCUAUCUGUACCAGGACGGCGUGGAUGUGCGCGUGGCGCGCAUCUUCAACACGUAUGGCCCACGCAUGCAUCCGCAGGACGGCAGAGUCGUCUCCAACUUUGUGCUGCAGGCACUCAGAGGCGAGCCGCUUACAUUGUAUGGAGAUGGGAGCCAGACGAGGAGCUUCUGCUUCGUCCAUGAUCUCAUAGACGGCCUCAUCGCACUGAUGAACGCAGACGUCCACUCGCCCGUCAAUCUCGGCUCGCACUUUGAGUUUAGCGUCAAGCAGCUCGCCGAGCUGGUGCGCGACGUCGUGGCGCGUGUGCGCGAGGAGGACGGAGACGAAGGAAGGCAGCGCCUCAAGGUCAUCUACGAGGCGCUGCCCACGCAUGAUCCGCGCCAACGGCGGCCCGACACGCGGCGCGCCGCGGCGCUGCUGGGCUGGGCGCCGCGGUGGGGCCUGCAGCAGGGCCUGGAGGAGAUGGUGAGGUACUACAAGGAACGCAUGCGCGAGGGCACAAUCUAG